CCCAACCACAAGAUGGUCAAGUCUUAUUUGUAAGUUUUUUUGAGAUCUCGUACAUGCCCAUAUCACUCAUUGUAUCAAUUGCAGAAAGUACGAGCACUCGAAAACAUUCGGAGUCGUCAAUUCUAGCACCGCAAAUGUUGUUUGGUCGGCGGAUGGUUCAGGUUCGCGCAGUGGCAGCUCCGGACGAGCUAUUGUUGCCGCCAAUGAGGACGUUCUUUGCUGGGACAUAAGAAAAGGGGAGUUACUCAGUCGAUGGAAAGAUAAGGACUGCAAUUCGCAAGUCACCGCCCUCGCGCAAAGUCAAGUCGACAUCGAUGUGUACGCUGCGGGAUACGAAGAUGGUAGCAUACGCCUUUGGGAUUCGAAAAUCGCCACUGCGAUAGUGAGUUUCAAUGGCCAUAGAUCCGCUAUUACCACUCUUGCGUUCGACAAGUCAGGCGUCAGACUAGCCAGUGGAUCGAAAGAUACCGAUGUGAUAAUAUGGGACCUAGUAGCCGAGGUUGGACUUUUCAAGCUAAGAGGGCAUAAAGACCAAGUGACGGGCUUGGAGUUUAUUCAGCCAGAAGCACCGGUCUUGUCUUCCGAGGAUGGAGAAGAAGCUGUUGAAAUUGCUAGCGAUCCUGUUGAUGUGGAAGGAUUUCUCCUUACCACUGGCAAAAAUGCUUUGAUCAAGUUAUGGGAUAUAUCCUCCCAGCAUUGUAUCGAAACUCAUGUCGCUCAAACAAAUGGAGAAUGUUGGUCUCUUGGUGUCUCUCCGGAUGGUAGUGGGUGCAUUACCACUGGAAACGAUGGGGAAUUGAAGGUCUGGUCGAUUGAUACUGCCGGACUUUUCAAACUUUCAACCCAGGUCAAUGGGACCGCCGAAAAUCGAUAUCUACAUGAUCGCGGUGUGCUACAUCGACAAGGCAAAGAUAAAGCUACUGGAGUUAGUUUUCACCCUCGAUUAGAUUAUUUUGCUGUACACGGAUCGGAGAAAGCGAUAGAAAUAUGGAGAAUACGAUCAGAAGAGGAGGUAAAGAAGAGUUUGGCACGAAAGCGCAAAAGGAGACGUGAAAAAAUGGGCUCUGCAAUGGAUGUGGAUGGUGGGGAUCUAGACGAAAAAUCCGAGGACGCCUCGACUGCCGAAAUUGGCGACUUUUUUGUUUCAUAUGUUAUUGUAAGAACAGGAGGGAAGGUUAGGUCGCUCGACUGGGUUCAUACGAAGGGAUCAAAAUCUAUUCAACUUAUCGCGGCUACGACAAACAACCAAUUGGAGGUGUAUAGUAUACCGACAAAAGAGAAGUCAAAGAAAGCGAAGAGUGAGGAGUUGCCAGAUUAUACACGAUCCCUCUCAGUUGAGUUACCUGGACAUCGCGCUGAUGUUAGAGCCCUUUCGCUUAGCUCGGACGAUCGAAUGCUGGCAUCUGCAUCGAAUGGCGGUUUGAAGAUUUGGAACGUCCGGACAAGCACUUGCAUUCGUACAUUUGAAUGUGGCUAUGCGUUGUGUGUCGCGUUCCUUCCAGGUGAUAAGAUUGUGGUUGUUGGUACUAAAACUGGUGAGUUGGAGUUAUUCGAUGUCGCAUCAGCUGCUAUGCUUGAUACUGUUAAAGCCCAUGAGGGAGCGAUAUGGACCCUCCAAGUACACCCGGAUGGACGAUCGUUAGCCUCAGGAAGUGCCGACAAGACUACCAAGUUCUGGAAUUUUGAAAUCUUCCAGGAAGACAUUCCUGGCACCAAACGAACAACUCCACGCCUGAGGCUUGUCCAUACAAGGACGCUCAAGGUUUCGGAUGAUAUCCUUAGCAUUCGAUUCUCUCCUGACUCUCGUUUAUUGGCAGUCGCGCUUCUAGAUAACACAGUCAAGGUUUUCUUCGUCGACUCGUUGAAACUCUUCCUCAACUUAUAUGGGCACAAGUUGCCUGUGCUUAACAUGGACAUUUCUUUCGAUAGCAAGUUGAUCGUGACUUGCUCGGCAGACAAGAAUGUUAGACUUUGGGGUCUAGAUUUCGGUGAUUGCCAUAAGGCUUUCUUUGCGCACCAAGAUAGUAUAUUGCAGGUUGCAUUUGUCCCUCACAAUCAAGAUGGGAAUGGACAUCACUUUUUCAGCACAAGCAAGGAUCGAAUGAUCAAGUACUGGGAUGGCGACAAAUUUGAACAGAUCCAACGGUUAGAUGGUCAUCAUAGCGAGAUCUGGGCAUUGGCCGUCAGCAGGACAGGGAACUUUCUGGUCAGCGCAAGUCAUGACAAGAGUAUAAGAGUGUGGGAGCAAACCGACGAGCAGAUCUUUCUAGAAGAAGAGAGAGAGAAGGAACUUGAGGAAUUGUACGAAAGUACAUUGACUACUUCGCUAGAACCUGAAAAGGACGGCGAAGAGAAUUCCGCAGAGGUUGGAACCGCAGGGAAACAAACAAUCGAGACUCUCAUGGCUGGAGAAAAGAUUGCCGAGGCCCUGGAAAUUGGCAUGGUUGAUUUAAAGCUCAUGGAAGAAUGGGAGCUGGCGAAGGCAACACAACCAAACACCGCAUCACCAGCUCGCAACCCACUUUUCAUGGCAUUAGGUGGCAUAAGUGCAGAAGCGCAUGUCUUGUCAGUGAUUCAGAGAGUGAAAGCCGCAGCACUCCAAGAUGCUCUGCUAGUUCUUCCCUUCUCGACUUUACCAAUGCUCUUUACGUUUCUCAACAUUUUUGCGACAAGGUUGAUGAAUAUACCUCUGACUUGCCGAGUUCUGUUCUUUAUGUUGAAAACUCAUCACCGACAAAUUGUGGCUAGCAGAACGAUGCGUUUGAUGCUUGAUGGCAUUCGAAUAAAUCUGCGACAAGCGUUGAAAAAGCAGAAAGAUGAGAUGGGAUAUAAUCUUGCGGCAUUGAGAGUCAUAGGUGCCCAGGUGAAAGAAAAGGGAGUUAAGGAUUAUGUAGAUGAAGAUACGUGGGAUACAGAGGAAAAUUUGGGAUCACAGAAAAAGCGUGGUUUUGUGCAAGUAAGCUGAUAACUGUAGGUAGGAAAAGGGAAGGGGUUUAUAGGGGUUUUUUGGUGGAUACUAGUACUUUUAAUACCCCAAGCAAUGUUGUUUUACAAAAUUCCUUGAAGAUAUUUCUAGAAUGUAUGAUUCGGCUGCUUUACCCGAGUACUGCCAAUCCAAUGUUACUGUAACGACUCUCAUUCAGGACUUCCCCACAAUCUCGGCAAGGAGCCGUCAAGGUUUCAAGGAAGACUUUAGGCUUUUGCGCCUAAACCUGGGGCCCUGCCUGGGGACGUCAGGAGCCGAGGCCGAGGCUGUCGAGUGUUGUUGAGAUAACAUCGUGCAACGCCCCGCAAAAUGCUUCAAUUCAGCAACAACUCAGUCAAACUACCACAGUCGAUACAAUGGCAGGUGCCGUAAGACAACCUAUCGACAUCCAAGCUCUGGAGCGCUACAUCUCCAAAAACGUCCCCGAAAUCCAAGUCCCAAUUGACGUCAAACAGGUAUAUACCAUCGUACCCCCACUAAAGCAUCUACAAGUUACACCUCGAGCGAGACCGUAAUGAUAUCAGGAUUCCGCUAAUUAAUUACUUUCCUAGUUCGGAUUCGGACAAUCGAAUCCUACAUACCAACUCACGGCCAACAAUGGCACGAAAUUCGUGAUGCGCAAGAAACCGCCUGGAAAACUAGUUUCCAAGACCGCCCAUCAGGUGGAGCGCGAAUACAAGGUCAUCCACGCCUUGGAGAAGACGGAUGUACCAGUCCCCAAGGCAUAUUGUCUCUGUGAGGAUGUGAGUAUUGUUGGGACGGCAUUUUAUAUCAUGGAGUUUCUGGAUGGGAGGAUUAUCGAGGAUGCGACGAUGCCGGAUGUUUCGCCGGCGGAGAGGACUGAGAUGUUUGUACAGAUCCGGUUUGUUUGACGAUAUAUGUUGAUUUUAAUGCAGGUGGCAUGAUGCUAUUAGGACGCUGGCGAAGCUGCAUCGGAUCAAACCGGUGGAUGUUGGAUUGGAGGGGUUUGGUAGACCGUCUGGGUUCUAUGAUCGUCAGAUUAAGACGUUCAAGACGAUUAGCAAGGCACAAGCUGAAGCCGUUGAUGUCGAGACGAAAGAGCCGGUUGGACAGAUGCCUUAUCUUGAAGAGAUAUUGGAAUUUUUCGGUGAUCGGAAAUUACAGCCCAGAGAUCGUGGUACGCCAAUACAUGGAGACUAUAAAAUCGAUAACUUGGUCUUCCACAAGUCUGAGCCUAGGGUGAUUGGUAUUCUCGAGUAAAUCCCUCCAAACACCAUAAAAAAACGAAAAGCUAACAGACAUCCACAGCUGGGAAAUGUCAACCAUCGGCCACCCCCUCUCCGACCUCGUCAACCUCAUGACUCCCUACCACCUCAACGACCAAACCGACAUCUCCAGAAUCCCCGGAUUCAGCCCAGGUGAGACUCCCGGUCUCCCAUCGGCAAAGGACCUGGUGAAAUGGUAUGGCGAGGUCACCGGUUGGGAUCCGUCUCCAGAACUGAAUUGGGGAAUCGCAUUUGGGUUUUUUCGCGCGACGUGUAUUUAUCAGGGGAUUGCUGCGAGAUAUGCGGCGCGGCAGGCGAGUAGUGCGAAGGCGAGGGAGAAUGGUGAGUUGAGACAUCCGACGGGGAGACUUGCGUGGAGACAUGUACGGACUGCGAGGGAACGGUCGAAGGGGAAGGCGAGGUUAUAG